AUGUUUAAGGGUUAUAAUAUAUUGAGGGGUAUAAACUUGGGAUUAAACACUGAGUUAUUAAUAUAUAAGAAGCGUAAAUUAGUGAAUCUGCCCGUAAAAAUAAUUUACGACACCAUCAUCGAUAUUCCAAACUAUCACAAAUUCGUACCGUUCUGCCAUGAGAGUAACUGGCUGGAUGAGGCGAAAACAGAGGAAAAAAGUGAGAUUAAUGAUGAAGGGACAAAAAUUAGAAACGCUCUUUUGACUGUUAAUUUCUUAUUAUUUAAAGAAUCCUACGUCUCCAAAGUCAUCUUUCAACCUUACAACUUCAUUAACGCGAUGGCGUAUGAUAGUGAGAUAUUUGAGCGGUUGGAUACGCGUUGGAAUUUAUCGGCGUUGGAGAGCGGAACUGCGAUAGAUUUUUCAAUUUGUUACCGAUUUCGAAACCCUUUUUACCAACACCUGUCAAACACAUUCAACAACACAAUCGCCAAAACUAUGCUAACACAAUUCAUCAAAGAAUGCACCCACAGACAUAACUCCACUCCCCAAUCCCUCUCUAAUAUAUAA